CUGCAGGAGGAUGGGCACUGGGGAUUAUGUGUGCGUAACGCUGCACGGUGGUGCACCAUGGGGCUUCUUACUCCGCCAGAGUGUACAAGAGCCUCAACAUCCUCUUCAGGUGUUUGAGAUAGAGGAUGGCAGUCAUGCUGAACUGGCUGGAUUGUGUGAGAAUGAUGAGUUGGUGUCAGUGAAUGGGAAGCCCUGCACUAACCUGUGUGUCUCAGAGGUUAUUGAGCUCCUUGAGGCCUCCACUGACUGUCUACAGCUACUUGUCAAAAGAUGCUGUAGCCAGCCUCAAAAGAGCCUUGAAUCAGUUAGCACCACUCUACAGAUUCCAUCUCCAUCCAGGCCCCAUAAGCCACAGGAACUAUAUAUUUCUGAGUCGCAGGAUGAAGCAUAUUUUGGGGAAACAGACAGUGAUGCCGAAUGUCCUGGGAGGACUAGAUUGGUCCAGAUGCAAGUUCAAGUACCUACUUCUAGGAUCAAAAGCAGUCAAAACACCUCUGGCCAGAGAGAUGGAGAUACCAGGCUCGAGAUAACCCCAGGAUCUGUAGUGGAAUUACAGCUGUCGCUUUCCAAAACCACCCUGGAAGAACCAGAGUGUACUUUCCUAGGCAGUGCUUGUGGAGUUAUCGGAGACAACCGUCAGAGAAAGAUGAGUGAGGACUUCAACUAUGCCACCACUGCAUUUUCUCCAGGUUGCCCCCUCUACAUUCCCCGAAAAGACCGGAAACCUCUUGGUCAAAGGGGUGUGUUGGUCAGCAAACCCCCUGCUUUGCAGAGACAGGUGGAGGUGACCGUGCUGCAAUUAUCUGGCAACAGUUCAGGGAAGGAGGGGAUAGAGGCCAGUGACCAGUUGGAUUCUGCUGGAGGAGGGCACUUUGAAGAAGCACCCACCUCCUCUUCUGUGUCUUUUGGACUUUCCUCAGAGGAGUGGGAUUCUGAAACAGAUAGGGAGGUUAACAAGCCCAACAAGCACCGGGCAAGGCACGCCAGGCUCCGGCGGAGUGAGAGCCUUUCGGAGAAGCAGGUGAAGGAGGCGAAGUCCAAAUGCAAGCGAAUUGCUCUCCUGCUCUCUGCGCCUACCCCCAACCCCAAUAACAAGGGGGUGUUGAUGUUCAAGAAGCAUAGACAGAGAGCCAAGAAGUAUACACUUGUAAGCUACGGUACUGGUGAGGACGAGCCUGAUUAUAAGGACGAAGACGACAACGAAAAGGACAACGAAGAGGAGCACGCUGUAGAGUUCACUGUAAUUGCCACCAGUGAAACUGAAAUUGAUGAGGACUUCUUCACCAAUAACUCUGGCCAGAAAAGCAUUGUGACUUUUGACUGGGACAGUGGAUUACUUGAGAUAGAGCGCAAGCUUGACAACCAGACUGAUAUGGAAGCACUGCCUGACACCAAGGGCAAAGGAGCCCUCAUGUUUGCUCAGCGCCGACAGCACAUGGAUGAGAUAGUAGCUGAACACGAGGAGUUGAGACGGAAGGGGAUCCCAGUUGAAGGGGCACAGAAGACUGAGACACAUCAGACAUACCAUCACAUGGAGGAUCGUGGUUAUAUGCAUGCACAAGAGACCCAGAAUUACAUGGAUGUAAAUGUGCACCACAGUGCAGCAGCAGCACAAAAGCAGCAGCAGUACCAUCAAUUACAAGAACAAUACUAUCAACAACAACAACAGCAGCAGCAGCAGCAGCAGCAGCAGUAUCAAGACUACCAGCAACAAAUACAAUAUCAGCAACAUCAACAACAACAGUAUCAACAACAGCAAGACUACCAGCAACAAAAAAUGUAUCAGCAGAUGCAAUCAUACAAUCAGCAACAACUCCAACAACAGCAAAUACAGCAAUACUCACAACAAAUGAAUGGGAUGCUCGAUCAGCAAAUCAAUGAAAUGCAGCCAUCAGUCACAAACAGGAGUGCCAAGCCAUUCUCAAUUCAAAAUAGAGAGGCCGCUCCAUUUUCCUCCUCAACCGUUGCAGAGAUUCAAGAACAACCUGGGUAUUCACUGGGACAAGGUGAACAGAUUGCGUCCCGUGAUGAGCGUAUAUCUGUGCCUGCCAUCAAGACUGGUAUCUUGCAAGAUACAAGAAGGAAGAAUGCCAAUAAACCUAUGUUCACGUUCAAAGAUUCUCCAAAGGUGUCCCCCAAUCCUGCGCUGUUGAAUCUCCUCAACAGGAAUGAUAAAAAGGUAGGUCUUGAGUCUGGACUAGAUGAAGAUUAUCUAAGCUUAGGAGCUGAAGCAUGCAACUUUCUUCAGUAUCCAAAGAUAAAGCACAAAAUUCCACCACCCACUGCUCCUAAACCUCAUAUAAACCCAGACUCUCCCCCAUGGUCUGUUCAGCCAGAAACUACUGGUCAGCUGAUCCCACAGCAAACGGAAAACUGUGGCCCAGCACCUGCUGAAGCUCCAGCCACCAAUGCUGAUUCCGCCACUGCCCCUGUCCCUGUCCCUGAAAUGUUUGCCCCAACCAUGUCUGAGCAAGAACCUGUGGGAUUCACAUUUGCACCUGAAUCCCAGGGUGUUUCUCUCUGUGUGGAACAAUCUGCUCCAGAUAAUGCAUGGAACCGACCAGCAACUCCAGUGGAAACAAACCAGCAACCAGAGACCUGGAACGAGAAACAACCACAGCCGAAAUUGAAUUCAGCUCAUCCUGCUGUACCUUCUCCUGCCAAUGUGCAGUCAGAUCCAUCUACCAGAACAUGGGAACAAGCUACAACUCAUGGUCAUCAGCAGCCACCAAAAAGUGCCUGGGAUCAAACUGAGAUGGAACCACAAGUCCCAUCUCAAAACCAAUCUCAAAUACAACCAGCAUGGAUGUCACAUGCUCAAAGACCUUCCGAAGUAAAAUUGCAAGCACCUACUGAAACAGAACCCCAUCCUUCUUGGGUGACACAGACUCAAACUUUACUCCAGAACAAACAUCAACAACAGCCUCAAACCCAGCCCCAAUCUCAUAUGAAUUCUUGGACAGCCAGCCCAAAUCAGUCAACACUACAACCCCCAUGGUCUCAGCAGCAUGAGUCAGCACAACCACCUAUCAGUGUCUGGCAAAAUCAUGCUCAGAAACAGCCAACCUGGGCCCAAAAACAACAGUUACAAGAAUCUCAGAUAAUGCCACCUUGGGCAUCACCCCAUCAACAACAACCCCAAACUCCUUGGGCCCAGCCUGAGAGCCAGCACCCACAGCUCCAACCACUUAAAGUUUCUCAGCCAAAUCAACAUACACCAACACAGCCACCUGCAAAUGCAUGGACCCAGCCACAGAGUACAGUUCAAGUGCAGCCUCCAUGGACUCAACCUCCACAACAACCCUCAGCACCAAUGGAGCGACCCAUGAAUUCUUGGACACCAAUGCCAGUACAAUCCCAACCACAGCCACCAUGGGCACAACAACCUGCUUCUCCUAGGCAUCCUCAACAAAUUAACUCUUUUUCACCUGAGCAGAAUCAAAUUCAGACAUCCUGGGUGCAGCCACAGCCUCAGGUGCAACCUCCAUGGGUACAGCAUCCUCAGCAGCAGACAUCACAGCCACCUGUUAGCCAGUGGGCAUCACUGCAAACUCAGUCUCUGCCUGGUGUAAAUGCAUGGGUACCCCAACACCUGCAAAGUUCAGUUAGAAUAACUGGCCAAUCUGAAACCCAGAAGUUCUCUCCAGAGCUAAUCAAGCCAUUGAGCCCUCCUCAGCCAACUCAGUCCACUCCUCCAAGACGAAUGAACUCGUAUACAACAAAGGCAUCGUCCCCUACUCCACCAAAUAGUACUAUGUCUGGUUUUGGUUCAGCUUUCGAGAUGCCUGCCUUGAGAGGGAAAGGAGCUGAAUUGUUUGCCAAGAGGCAAUCUAGGAUGGAGAAGUACAUUGUAGAUUCGACCACAGUGCAGACAAAUAAGGUGCUUAGGAGCUCAUCCUUCUCACCACCUGUUAGACUUUUAUCAGUGGGCUUCACAUCCAGGUCUGUUUCAUCGUCUCCAUCUCCUAGACCUGCACCACAUGCUGUUUCCGUUCGGCCACCAAUCGGGCAGACCAGUCGGCUGGACAGGUGUCACAAGCCCCUCACUCCCUGGGAAGCUGCCUCACGCCACCCUCUUGGCCUGGUGGAUGCGGCCUUCGCAUUCCUGGACCUCCCGCAGUCUAUUGCGUCCAAUCUGCAUUAUGCAGAACAGAGUAAGCUUUUACCUCAACCCCCUGCAGAGUGGAAGGCAAAGGUUGCAUAUGAACCUCCACCAAAGAACCUAAAAGAGAGUUUGAGUCAGUCACCCUUGUCUUUUCUGUCCCCAACCAAAAGCACAGCAUCUGCACCAGCUGGUCCCAUCCCGUAUCGGUCACCAUUCAGGCAGUGCCAACCCCAGAGGUCACUGACAGAGGCUAAUCUGGGGCCCUCACAGGGUGAUCAGAAGUACAUGGGGCCUCACAGACUGGGACUCUAUAAAGCCAAAGAUAGCGGCACAUGGAGACGUUAAAUCUGAACCAGGAAAUUGUUUCUUGAAGGUAGUGAAAGAAAAAUGAAAUGAGAAUGUUGUUAUCUUUUUAGAAAGUAUUAGUAAUUUCAAAUGGUUUCUUAAAGGGUUAGUUCCCCUCAAAAAUGAAAAUUCUGUCAUAUACUCACACUCAUUUGUUAUUCCAAAUCAGGGACUAAAUACAAUUCAAGGAACGAAAAAGAAAACAGAAAAUGAAUGAAAUGUUUAGCAGAAUGUCAUCGAAAACCGGAACAAAGUUAUUUUCAAUUGUUUCGGAGUGAAAACGUUAUUUUUAAAUGCUGGUAACCGGUUAUAACCGGUUCAUUUUAUUUCUAUAUUUUUUUAAUAAAAACUAAAGGCCAAAGUGUUUAUCACAGUACAUUUUUGGAACUACACCAGUUCGUGUUGACCGAAAAAAUUGCCAGUUGUUGAUGUUGCAUUCUCUGAAUGAAAACCUUUUUAGCAACUAUGUAUAUUUACUACAUAUACAUGCACAGCUAAUCUAGAUAGACUGAAAACAUUAUUAGAGGUAAUGUAUAAUUCUCGGUUGUUUCCAAGUCUUCACUGAAUUAUUGUUAGAUAUAAUGCAUUGAUACAGAUUUGAUGCUGCCGGGUUUUGACUGAGAAGUAGAUCUGUAAUUAAAAUAAUGUAAAUGAAGUGCUUGUUAUGAUUUCUAUGACUAUAAAUUCACCACACAGGAAGAAAAUAAUAUAAUAAUAUUUUCACUUAUUUUGGUGAGGCAAGUGGUUUAUUUUGGGCUUGUUUUUCCAGACCAUGGUGCUUGUUACUCUUGUGAGAUCUGGCAAUAUUGCAAUUGGUAUUUCACCCACCCCUUAGAACAGAGUAUUGUCAUUUUUAAAAGAAUGUGAUUAACCAUUUUUAACCAGUAACCUUUUGGAUAGGAGGCUGCAGCACCUCUGAACCGGAACAAAAAUCCAGUUUUUGCUCAGAACAAACCGAAAUGAAAAACAUUUCAUUUUUAGUCCCUGUUUCAAACCCAUAUCAUUUUCUGUUCUCUGUGAAACACAAAAGAUGUUAGUCAGAAUGUGAGGGAUUUUUCAUUUCCAUUUUAUUCACUUAGCACACACAUUUAUCUAAAGCGGCUUACAAAUGAGGAAUACAGCAAACGUGAUUUGUCCUAAGGAGGCAAUAAUAUGAAAAGUGUUGCAAUAUAAAGUUUCAUAUUGCUCAGAGAAGUACAAGUAGGGCGGAAGGUGAGAGACUGUAGUGAAAGAAUGGGGUGAGUUUUUUUUUAAGAAUAUUUUUUGAAAGUAGGGAAUUGGCUUGGAUGGAAUGUCAUUCCACUAGCAAGGAAUGGUGGAAGUGAAAGUCUGAAAAGGCAGUUUUGUGCCUCUGUCAGAUGACACCAUGAGGCACCGUUCACUCUUGGAUCCAACAUGAUCACACGGGAGGUCAGUAUGUUGUUUCCGAUAGUUCCGGUACCCUAGGAUUGGGCACAUAAUGCCGAAACAUUUCCUAACAGACACGUUUUAUCAGCUCCAGUGUGUUUACCUUUCCUUAUGAUGUAAUCGGAAGCACUUCACCUCCGCAGCAUGGGAGACCCAGGUUAAGAUACCGUGUUGAAACCAGGAUGUAAUUGCGUUCGCAUAAUCGAUGACAAGCAUGAAUUGGAGGUUGCAUUUUUUCCUUUUGCAAUACAUGCUAGGUUUGUGAUUUGGUUGGGGGGGCUUACAUCCUGUACAGCUGGAUGUGCUGUACAGUCACUUCACAACUUGCUUUUGGCGCCCCUCCAUGGACAUUUCACAUGGAAAAUGAAGCUCAUGUGUGCUCAUACGCCCAACAACACUUACUGCUUUAGCCACUGGGAGCUGUGUUUUGAAUUGUGGUAAGCACAAAAAAAAGCUAACCUACCAUUUCCAAUUUCAUUGUGUGAUCAGAUUGUCCGGUUGUAAGCUUUUGGAGGGCACAUAGACUUAAAGGAUAGUCAGUUGGAUUCAUUGCAGAGGUUUGACUACAUGCAGGAAGUUCUGAUAGAAUAGCAUUGCAAUAGUCCAGUCUAGACAUGACAUGACAAGUGCUUGGACAAGAGGUUGUAUAGCAUGCUCAGAUAGGAAUGGUCUGAUCUUCCAAAUGUUGUGUCUGCAUAAUUGGGCUGUCUUUGCAAUGCCUUUUCCCAUAAACUGCAAGUGAAUGGGGAGUAAGACUAGCAUUCUGCCUAACAUCUCCUACUCCACAGUGGAACAAAAGUUGUAUAUGUUUCCAACAAUAUGAGGGUGAAUAAAUGAUGACAGACAGUAAAGGAUUUUAAUUUUUAGGAGAACUAUCCCUUUAAGCUAAAAUUAUUUUGAUGAAGUCAGAUAAUGGUAUGCAUAAAGAUAAAGAUAAGCAGACUGAAAUAGUUGCCAUGUUGCAAAAGAAGGGUCCAUGAAAAGUCAGAAAAAAAGAAUUUCAAGAUGAAAUCAGAGAGUUAGUGCUGGGAUUUGUAACUUACAACAAUCACUCAUUUUGAUUUAUAAAUAAUUAUAUGCAUCACAAUUUCAGUUUUUAGUGUUGUGCUAAUGACAAAGGCAAAACGAUGCAUGACAGUAAACAUAUGCUAAAUAAAUAACACAUCAUAGACAUUCAUUGUACAUUAUGCAAGCAAAAUAGCAUCUUUCUGAAUUACAAUUUUCAGACAUUUUACCAACGUUUCCGUUUAAUUAGCUUGUUAUCACUGUGAAUUUAAAUCAAAGAAUUUGAAUAUUUAGGUUUGUUGUGAUAACAUAUAGAAACACAUUUAUCACAUUCCUUUCUCAUUAUAUUAGAGAGAGUGAAAUUAGUUUGUGUGAUAAGCUCUGAAAACAGCUGAAUCAGUAUUAGCCGUGUACUUGGUCCAUAAGCUUCACUUUAAAAGAUUAAUACAUUCUGUUGUGACCCGGCCUGACCCGUAAUUUACGUCAUGCCCUGUUGAUUCAGACUGAAUUAAGUUCACUCAGAUUCACAUAAAACAAAAUGUUCUGUUUGCUAAUAAAUGCAAGAAACUGUCAUUAACAUUACUACAUUUGUCUCUUUUUUCUUUCUUUUUUUUUUUUUUUUUUUUGCUUUGACAGUCACAAAUGAAAUUAUUGAAUUUGUCUGUGUGAAUGACACUGUAGUUUUGUACACAUGAGCUGUUAUUGCUUCAGGGUUCACUUACAGAAUGUGAUUGUGUUACACAAAGAUGCAUGCUCUAAAUGCACAGUUUGCUUAUCAGUAGCUAGUCUGUGAUUUCUGAGUAGGUAUUUGCUUAUACUUUUUUAUUCUAUGACAGAAUAUUUCUGCAUUAAGCAUCCUCGUCAAAUAUUAUUUAAAAUGUUGGUCUGGAUACUGAAGGAUAUUUGUUGACUUGAUUUGUUGUCAAAUGUAUCGUAUGAGACAAGCAAAUGGUUUGAUUAAACCAUCAAUUAGAUUAGUUUUAUUCUACGGCUCCAAUCUCUGUGUAUGACUGGCACAAAACCAUGCUUUUCACUUCUAAUAAAGUAACAUGUUUAAAAAUCUUUCUGCAUUAAGUUCUUUUUUUUUCCAUCUAAUUUCACAUCUUUGUUUCUGAGGGAGAAUAAAAUGUAUGUUGCAUAGUGUAGAGCCUGCUUUCAGUCCUUUAGUCUGUGACAAGUUGCUGUCUUGUUAUAUAACGAUUGGGAGGCUUGACUUGACUCCAGAGCUUGUACUUGUCAUACAACUGAGUUAUCUGGCAGCUGACUUUGAAGGCUGAACCAUGUUCAAAAUAGGGUUCUGCAAAUAAUGUGCCAUUUGGGACAUACACAAGAGCAAACAUGUAAAUUGCAAUCUGCAAUUCCAGUUAUUGCAUUAUA